UAUAAUAAUACUUGCUCGAAUGUUUAAAAACGAACCUUGCGCCACGGCCGUGUGUCAGUGUCGAUUCGUCCGCCGCGACCGCAAUAGCAUAGCACUACGGCCGUAAACGAUACACGCACCGCUCGCGACCACGCAAUACGGCAGACAAUCGUGAAUGACGCAAUAUUAUUGUACACCCGACAACCCGUAACAGUGACAUAUAUUCGCGUACUCGAGUAAUAUUUCGGACGCGGUCGUCGUUCCCACGGGCCAUCGGGUUUCGAUGAAACCGGAGGAAUCUCCGCACUGCCAUAUCGGUGUACUUACCGCGCAAGGCCGUCCGACUACUGCAACGACCGAUUCGCAAUUAUUCACGUCCCGGAAAUAUCGUCUUUCGGCCGGGCGGCGUCACAGCCACUGUACCGUAUUAUCGCGAUAACGUUCGCGACAACAUUAUCAUCGGCCGUACAACACGGUCCCGAACAAUGCCGGAUUACCAUCACGGAGGCGACGCAAAGUGAGUGGGGUCGUACCGAAUACAGAAACAACAACAACAACAACAACAAUAUUAUCGAUAACGGGGUAACGCGCGGAAUAAUGUCGUACACGGGUUUUCGAAGAGCGUCUAUUUUAGAUCGCGGACGUCGUCGGAACGGAUCGGUUUCAUUGCGGUGGUGCGCGCGAUUUCCACGCGAGACAUAUCGUUCCGAUCGGAAAAUGACAAGAAACCUUUGCCGUUGCGUUUCGCGAUAAUUGAUUAGCGCGUUCGGGAACAUAGUUUUGAUUGUUUUCCAAGCGUUUGUCACGAUAACCGAGAAAAGAAAACCGUGCAAAUUUACGGGCAAUCAAAUUUUCAUUAUUUUAGAUUUUUUCAGUUUUAUUUUUCUCCGAGAAAACCCCGACGAAAACUCGGUUUUAAAUUCCAGGAGUAGCGUAUUUUCUCAAAGAAAAUACCGUUAUAACGGGGGGUUUUUUUUUUUUUUUUUUGUUUGUUUUCUGUGAUUAAUGUCGGAAAAACGGGAAAGUUAUUAAGUAACGACAUAACGGUUUCAUAAUUUUCGAUUUUAGUUUGUUGUUGUGAAUUGGUUGAACAUAUUUUUAGAAAUGUGACAUUUUCACAGAAUACUUAUAUAGACGUGAUACAUUUUCAGAACGUUUUGGCGGGUUUUGAGCUAUUUGUAUGCAUUUGACAUUUUUUUUGUUUAAAUUUUUUUUAUAGGUUUAUUUUCAGUUCCUAGUGGUAAAAAAAAAAUGGCGAGUGUAAUGUAGUAUGUUUAUAAACAUAUAUUAAACAAUCCAUGAUAAAAAUAUUAAUAGGACGAAACACAGGAUAUUGUAAACGUGAUGUAUGAUGUUAUAAACCGGAGAUAAUUUUGAAUUUGGAAUGUUUUGAAGUAGGUAUCUAUAGAAUAUUUUAAGAGAGAACAGUGUUUUUUUUCGAUAUAUCCUCUUUUAAAAUUGGCAAUUUAAGAAUUGCGGCUUUAUUCAGCCGUCAGUUGUUUAUUAGUUUAUUAUACCUUAAAAUAAGAUGCGGAUUUUUCGUCCAGCGGUACUUUAUUGUCUUGACAUAAUUUCCAGACAUUUGGAUUACCUUGGCGUUUAGAGGAAAAAAAACAAAAACCAAUACUAUUAUACUAUUACUACUCCGCUCAGAAUCGUUUUUUAUAUUUUUUUAUUAUUUCAACGGUUUAACGUUGUUUCAUUAUACAAAUGAAAUGACACUGACUCCUUAUAUUAUAUCUUUCAUACUUCCCAUCUAUUACAUGGUCAACCCAUCGCGCAAAGUACGUUCGGAUUUCUUUUUAACAAUAUUUUUUUCUUUCUCAGGUACGCGUCGGCACGGGAUUGCGUCCGUAUUCUCCAAUGUCCCACUCACAAGUUGAGCGCCAUUUCAUUGCUGCCCAACAAUAAGGUGAGUGAUCAACGCGCAUUUUAUAGCAGCAAUAUUAUCUAAAAUCCACCGUAUCGGUUACGUCGAUCGGAUUUUCAAAAGUCGUUUCAAAACCAUGUCGAUUAACGAAUAACAAUAAUUAUUAGCAAAAUUAAAAAAAACCAAGUUGUUUAUGUCGAUCCGUAGAUCCGUAGUUCCAACUAACUCACUACUGACCUUUUUUUUCUUCUUCUCCUUUAUACAGCUAAGACAGUUCGUCGAGGACAGCGUAGAGCUCUGCCAGCCGGAGAACGUGCACAUUUGCGAUGGGUCCGAUGCUGAGAACGCUAUGCUCAUCACCCGGCUUCUGGAAACCGGGUCCAUCGUUCCGCUGCCCAAGUACAAAAACUGGUAAGUCUUUACCGUUCCCGAUCGAAACGCGUACCUAUGCAUUAUAUUGUAUCGGGCCGAGUGCUAACAAAACUCGAUGGAAUUGAAAACAAUUUCCCCUCUCUAAACAUAUAAAGUGCCAAUCAAGGUUGAACCAAUUUAACGGAUAUUUAACGGAUUAAACGAUAAUAAUAUAACGGUAAUCCGAAAAAAUAAAUCCGAAUUAUGAUCGUUGAUUAGUCGAUUAAGGUAAAUUUUAUCAAUCGUCAGUUAAAUUUCCGUUAACAAGCCUCGGAUUAAAACUAACUGUUGGUUAAGGAAGUAUUAUUCUAGAUUUAGAGUUUAAAGAACUAAAAGAUUGUAUUUUAGGUAUCUAUACUUACUUUGAAAUGAUUACCGUCUGUUUACCUAAAACGAAACAAAUGACCGUUCGAAGUAAAUAUUAAAAUCACAUAACAGUAUAAUUUGAUCAUAUCAAAAAUCUAAUAUCUUAAUAAACUCUUCAACUAGCCAAAUAUUUCGGCAUAAAUUAUUGUGUGGUUUGAUUACAAUUAAAAUGUUAACUGAGUGAGAGCAAAAUCGCAUUUCUAGUUCAAAAUUGGGCAUUAACAUAAGACUGGCGCUUAAAUUCUCUUAACCGACUGGAGAUCGAUAAAACAUGUUUAAACAAUUUAAAUGUCCAAGUUUGAGGGCAACUAUCGUCCCUCACACACCCUCUAUCACCGGUCUUAGUAUCGGGCAGAACUCGUUUGGAACUGUGGUAUUUUACUUUUAUGUAUCCGUAUAAUUUGCAUAUUAUUAUAGAGGCGUACAACUCGGUAGAAAUCAUUAUUUUUAUAUAGGUAUACGUUACAGUUGUUGUUAUACACGUGAGGCGAAUUAAUUUUCGACGGGCGUUUUUUUUUUUUUAUAUUUUUUUUUUAUUAAACUCGCAUCACGUUUUCCACCAUUUUUUUCGGAAUAAAUAAAUUUAAAUACCUCGCGGGGCCGAAUACAUGGCGAUUAAUAAAGUUCGGCGAUUUGUCGUCGUACCUAAUACCUAUUAUACCCUUAUACAUUUUUAUAUUAGUACGUACGUUAUUUUUUUUUUUCAAAAUGUCCUUUCUUUUUUUUUAUGGGAAUAAGCCAAAUCGGAAGUAAAAUAUAACGCGAGGUUCUAUACUAAAUAACAAUUAAAAAAAUAUACGCCAUGAAUAUAAUUAUAAAUAUUUGUAUUAUAAUAUUACGCAAACGUGUGUUGUAUAAGUAUACUUGACGAUUUUUUCGUUAUUUUAUGCAGCGGAUAAAAUAAUAUUGGUACCUAAAUAAUAAUUUCCUAAAUUAAUUUAUUAUAAUGAUAUACUGCUGUAUAAUAUACAGAGUGAUCCAUUUAUCAUUAACCAGCGAUUUUCUUGAAGGUUUUAUAUGAAUUCAAUUUCUGUUUUUUUUUUUUUUUACAAUCGUCAACUAUUUUAAAUUGUUUAACUUUACCCCUUAUACCGUAAAAUGUAUAGUAUGAAUUAGUAUAUACAUUUGGAUUUUAAAUAAGAACCCCGGUUUAAAUACGGUUUUGAAUUAAGAAUAUUUUUCGAAAACUGUUGAUACGUACAACAUUAGUAUCAGAUUUUACAGUUUAAAGUUGACACCGAAGCGUAAGGAAGGAUUAUCAAUUUACCUAUUACAAUUUAAUUUGUAUUAAAAUACAAAUUUCUAUUUGGAGUGUACAAUUAUUAAAAAUUGUAAAAAGUGUUAAAAUAAAGCUUAAAGGUUUUUUUUAUAAUAAUAAUAAUAAUAAAAAAAAAAAAAACAAAAUUAAAUUCAAAUUGCCUUAAAAUCCUCCGAAGAUUCAUGAUAAAUGGAACACUCUGUAUUAUAAGUUAUACAAUAUUAUACAUAAAAAAUAAAAGUUAUGUUAUGAAUAUACCCACACUGUCUCGUGUUUGUUGGAAAUACGACGCAAUAUUCGUGUUUGUCGAGAAAUGAAAAAAAAAAAAUACGAGUUUAUAAUACGCAUAUAAAAACGAAAAGUAGUUUACAUUCAGCUAUGAAUAAAGGGGAAAUAAAAUAAUAACGUAAAUAAAAUAUUACUAAAUCCGCAUAGGUAUAUUGCAAAUAAACGGAGACAAAUUCAGAAGAAUUCUCAAUUUUUUUUUUUCUUAUAUUGUUUAUUUAUUUAUUUUUUUGUUUUCGACUUCAUUUUGAGACAUAUAUAAGAUAUUCUAAUAGAUUUCGAUUUAUUUUUUCUUCCGGAAAGUUUCAUAAUACGGAUUUUAGAAUACGUCUAUGGUACAAUAUCAGAUUCUGUGAAAAUCACGGAAUUUCAUAUUAUGUUUAACCGGGUGCAUUACGAUUGAGUAUGAUAUGAUUCGUACGGGUCUUUUUCCCUAUUAUGAUUACGUACGUUUUACCUAGCCUUAACUGUGUCUUACGAUUCACAGCUCAAUAAUUUUCGAUAAGAGUUAAUGUCUAUUAUUAUUAUUUAUCUUGGCGUGUCGCACAUUAGCAUCUUUUUUUAGUAUAAGACCGACUCUCGUUGAAUAUGCUACCGUAUUAGUAUUGAAGAAUACUGAUAAUUAGUGCGGUAUUAGUACUAAUAACUCGUGUUUAAUUUAACUUAACCACGGGAAAUUCAUUUAAAAUUAUUAAAUCGUGACGUAGGAAAGGAUUAGCUGUAGUUACAUAAUUUUAUUUAUGAGCGUAAAAUUUUCCAAUUAGAAUUCAAAAGAAUGUUAUUAUUAUUAUUAUUAUUUAAUAUAAAUACAUUUUUUUAUUUAUUAACACAUUAAUUUGCACACACUUUUUACUUAACAGUUAAUUUACUAUAUUUACUAGCCUAUUGGCAGUACUACAUUUGAAUGUUUUAAACGUCUACUUAACAAAUGUAUGCAUAGUAAAUAAACUAAGUUGAUAACGUUGAACUCAUUUUCGUAGGAAACCGUAAUGUUUUUAAGGGUCAGGUUCAAAAAUCGUAUGCAGUCAUAAAUCAUACACAACUACGCUACUUAAAGGGACAUACAAAAUUAUGUAUCACCGGUUUAACCAAACUUUGCUCGGAAUCGUUUUUCGUUAGCAAUGGUUUAUUGUUGUAUGCAGAUAUAAAUUAAAUAACUGUAUGUGUCCUACUUUCCCAAUUGUCCUCCUACAACAGCGGUGCACCCUUUCCUGUUACCAAGUCUUUUUUAUUUUAUUGCUGUUAUAUUAUUAUUGUUAACAAAAUAGUGGCAUUGUCACGGUUGUUGUAAUAAACUUUAUGAAAAAAUAACAAAAUCAAUUUUUAAACCGUGUUUUAUAGUGUAGACACAUAGAUAAUCAUGCGGUCGGCGAGUGCGACUUAUAAUAUUAUUCGAGUAGUGUUGAUUUAACAAGGUCUGAGUAGAAAAAAAAACGAAACUCGUGAUUUCUCUGAAAAAAAAAAAAACAAGAAAAUUAAUUAUAAUGAAGCAAAGAAAGCACGUGUGGUAACGUGUUUGACCUAGGACGUUAUACACACGGAAAUCGAUUGAGUUAAUUUUAAUUAUUCGUUUUUUAAUAUAUAUCACGUCUGGGUGAAAUUUCGUAUGGGGUUUAGAGUAGUUAAUUCAAAACAAAUAGUAUUAUAUUCGGAUAAACGUAUUUAUAAUAAUUAAACACACUUGAAUUAAAUCAUACGUACAUUUAAAUAACACGUGUCAGUUCCUCAAAUUUUGGCCAAAAUCGAUAUCAGUAUAUCAAUAUCUAUUUAAUUGAUUAAUGUUAAGUAAUAUUAACCUUGAUAAUUUGUAUUAUAAUGAAUAUAGUUAUGAAAAGUUAAUUUGUUUCUUUGGUUUUACUGCAGGCGUCUGGGUAUAAUUUGAUGUCGAAAUUUAUUAUUUAUAUUCUAUAGAUGCAAGAAAGACUUUAAACAAGUAUUUAAAUCAAUAUUAUGUCGUAUUGCCCUACGAUUAAAUGGCAUAUGUAAUAAUACUUUUUUUCCCAACUAUGCACUUAAAAUUGUUCUGCAUAUGUAAAUAAUACCAACAAUGCCAUUUUGAUAUUUGAUACUAGCUUUUACUUUUGAAAUGUCACAUUAUGACUAAAAAAAUUAAUAAAGUCCUCCUUGAAAGUGACUAUUCAAUUAGACUGGUAUUCUAAUUGAAUAUACCUAAUAAAUAUUAACUACUAGGUACUCAAUGAGUAAAAAAAUUAUAUAUUUAAAAUUUAUAAUGUAUAUUACAUUAUAACAUUACUAUCUUUUGAAAAAUGUAGGGAAGAUAUUUCAUUUUCAAGAUAUUAUCAUUUAUAAUUUAAUUACAAUGAGAUUAAAUCGUGAAAGUGAAGCUAAUUACUCCAAUUUUCUGAUUUAUUAUCACUAUUCCAACGUAUCAAAAAUACCCUCCCACUUUAAAAUUUCUGCACUUAUAUAUUAUAUGAAUCAUUAAAUACAGAAAGGGCAGAAAAGACAAAAUAAACUCCUUAAAAACCUAGUUUUAUAAUAAUUCAUAAAAUGGCUAUAGAAACUUAAAGAUGAUAUCUCACACUAUAAGAUUAGAUAUUAACGCGAGAUUUGUUUUACAAUUUUUUUUUUUAGAAUUUUCAAGUAUUUAAAUUUUUUAUUUAACCUAACUUAACCUAACCUACCCUUUUUGCAUUUAGCGAUUCAUAUAUAAUAAAAUAGUUGUAAUUCAUUUUUUCGUUUCAUAUUAAAUAUUUGAAUUCAAACUAAACAAACAUAAUAUAAUAUAAUUAAUGUUCUUAAAAAAUAAACGUUAACAAAGACUGGAAAAAACACAUUUCUUUCUCUCUCUCUUUCUCUCUCUUCAGAAAAUAAACUCUCGUUCCCUUCUGGACAGGAUAGGAGUACGAGCAAAACUUAAUUACUUAUACAUAAUAUUAUGUUUAUAUUUUUUUGAUAGCUAUUUGGCGACCAGUAGUCCCAGCGACGUGGCCAGAGUAGAGAGUAAGACGUUUAUAUGCACAGCCGAUCGUAGGGAAGCGGUUAACGUGCCCAAAGCCGGGGUCAAGGGGCAGUUGGGCAAUUGGAUGAGCCCGGAGGACGCGGACGCGGCCAUCGCUGAGCGGUUCCCAGGAUGUAUGAAAGGCAGGACCAUGUACGUAAUACCGUUCAGCAUGGGCCCUCUCGAUUCUCCGUACUCCAAAAUUGGAGUUCAGCUCACUGACUCAGCAUACGUUGUGUGCUCGAUGCGCAUUAUGACUAGGAUCGGCAACCAAGUGCUUGAGAAGCUUGGCUCAUCUUCUAGCGAAGGUUAUUUUGUCAAGGCCUUGCAUUCGGUUGGCUGGCCUGCAGAAGGCCAUCCAGCCCAACGCUCGCAGUGGCCCUGUGAUCCGGAGAGAACGAUUAUCUUGCACAAGUAAGUUAGUAAUAGUACCUAUUACCUACAUUUAAGUCUUUGCUCCCACGGCAUUGCCGCUAACCCAACCAAAUGACAAAUUGUCGUUGUUUUUCGGUAGGCCCGAAAUAAAUGAAAUCGUCAGUUAUGGGAGCGGAUACGGUGGCAACUCACUGUUGGGAAAAAAGUGUUUUGCCCUAAGAAUAGGCUCGUCAAUUGCUCGUCGCGAAGGUUGGCUGGCCGAACACAUGCUGGUCAGUAUAGAAUAUUUUUAUACUAGUGUUAAAUGUUACUUUUUAAAUCAAAUUUUCUUUACCGACUUCUGACGUUUGUAUUGGUACGCAGAUUUUGGGCAUCACCGAUCCUAAAGGUACGAAAAGGUAUGUGGCGGCCGCGUUCCCGAGCGCAUGUGGCAAGACCAACAUGGCUAUGAUGCGGCCCACGUUGCCGGGCUACAAGGUUGAGUGCGUGGGUGACGAUAUAGUGUGGAUGAGGUUCGACCAGAAAGGACAACUUAGAGCUAUCAACCCGGAGUUCGGUUUCUUCGGAGUAGCUCCUGGUACGUCCAGAACCACUAACCCAGUGGCCAUGGAUACGGUAUUUGAGAACACCAUAUUCACUAACGUCGCACGGACAAGUGAUGGUGGCGUUUACUGGGAAGGUAUGGAAGAUCCGGAACCAGGAGUAACGAUCACCGAUUGGCUAGGCGAACCGUGGACACCUGGCUCGACGAAACCGGCUGCUCAUCCAAAUUCCAGGUACAGAUAUUUACUAAAUAAAAGAGAUCAAAUAAAAACAAAAGUAGCAGAAUAAUAAUGAUAAUUUUAUGGUGGAGAUAAUCGCUUGGUAAGAAUAGAAUACAUACCUAGUCCACUAUAUUGUAGUGUGUACAGUAGAAAAGAAAAUAGAUUGAGAUGGUAGGACAUGCGACAAAGGCGUCGAGAAAGAAGAUUACGGCGUGGAAAUCAAAUGUCUAUAUAUUUUUCUAUGCGAACGCGGUUUCUAUAUAUUUUCUUGUGUUGUUACUGCAGGUUUUGCACGCCGGCCAGCCAGUGUCCGAUGAUCGAUCCUCACUGGGAGUCGCCAGAAGGUGUACCCAUCGAUGCGAUCCUGUUUGGAGGCAGACGUCCAAAGGGCGUGCCGCUAGUUUACGAAGCGUUCGACUGGAAACACGCCGUGUUCAUCGGUGCAGCAAUGAAGUCCGAGGCAACGGCCGCGGCCGAGCAUAAGGGCAAGGAAAUCAUGCACGAUCCCUUCGCCAUGCGUCCGUUCUUUGGAUACAAUUUUGGACACUAUUUGCAACAUUGGUUGUCUAUGGAGACGGCUGUACCCAACGUCAAGCUGCCUAAAGUAUUCCAUGUCAACUGGUUCCGGAAAGACGACCAGGUAAGAGAAUUUUAUAUCUGAGGGUUAGGGGUAGGGCGUUCUUAUUUACCACUGGCGUACCUUGGAAUCAUUUUCAGUUAGGAAGGAUUAAAUCUAAUCUUAGAUAUUUGCCACUGUUGCAUGUCUACCGUAUUAACUAAAGAUAACCUAAAUGGCGUUUUGUAGGGUAAAUACAUGUGGCCUGGAUACGGGGAAAAUUGUCGUGUCUUAGAGUGGAUUUUACUCCGGAUUGACAACGAGCCCGGCACGGCUGUGCCAACACCCAUUGGUAACGUACCCACCCGGGAAAAGUUUGACUUAGAAGGAAUUCAAGUGGACUUUGAUGGCCUAUUUGACGUCCCGGUCGACUUUUGGAAAAAUGAGGUGAAUAUACAUAUUAUAAUAUAGUUUAUUAAAAUAUUGAGAUGCCACCGGUCGAUCUUAUUUUAACGUCUGUUUUUGGCUAGAUCGAAGAAAUCGCAAAAUUUUUAUACGACCAAGUGGACGAGGAUUUACCGGAAGAGAUAAAAGAACAGAUUGAUAACUUGUUGAAACGUUUGAAUUCCCAACGAACAGCCUAACAGCUAUAUUAUUACGUUAUUGAUAAUUUUUGUUUUUAUAAUAUUACACUAAGUUGAUAAUUUUUACUUAUAUUUUCAUUUUGUUUUUAUUUUACGAUGUUAUAUUUAUACUGUACUAUCUAUGACUAAAAUAUUAUAUGUAAAUUUAUUUAUUUAUUUAUUUUUUUUUUUAAUAUUUAAAGCUACGAAUGAUUCUCGAGGGGUUUUUAAUAGACUUUGAAAAAAAAAAAUUAAAACAAACCCAUGAAAACCGUGAUUCGACCAAUGCGAACGCACGUGAAUAAUAUAGUUUAUAAUUGUAAGCGAAAUAACUGUUUAACGUCAUGUGAUAAUUAUUUCACUAUAUAGCAUGUAAGAAUAUUAAUUUAUUAUCGAUAAUUUAAUUGAUUGUAAUAAUAAAAUAUAUAAUUGAGUAUUGAAAUAAAUGAGUGUUAUUUGAUAA